GAUACGCCAAAAAUACAACGAAAACUACGGGUGGCAAUUUCCUCGGCUGUCGGCUAACUGUCCGUUUCUCUCCCGCAGCUGGUUCCUUAAAGAACCCGCAAAUUGCACAGUAGAUUCCAGAUGGGCAAGGCGUAAUCCAAGCUUCUUCACCUUUUCUUGAAUCUUCUUUGCAGUUCCGACCCUUUCCACCCUUUUGCCAGUCUUGAUCCCUUAUGAGGUGACCGGAACUGGAUUUGCUUAAUGGCAGACUUACCAGGGUAUAUGCGUGCCUGCUUGCAUUCAGGGAAACUUGCUUUCUUGGCAAUUUUGGUCUCUGGUGGAAUUGUGUUGCAAAUUUUGGCAUGUGCUUUGUACGAUAACUGGUGGCCGAUGCUAAGCUUAAUCAUGUAUGUGCUCCUGCCUAUGCCACUGCUCUUCUUCGCUGGCUCUGAUAGCUCUGCUCUAUUUUCUGAAUCUGAUAGCGGAUGGGUGAAUGCAACCAAGUUCCUAACUGGAGCUUCAGCAGUCGGAAGCAUUGCCAUACCUGCGAUCUUGAAGCAUGCUGGCGUCAUUGGCUGGGGAGCUCUGGCUAUGGAGCUGUCGUCAUUCUUCGUGAUUGUGCUAUCUAUCAUGUGCUACAUCCGGACGAGCAAUGAUGAUGAAUAUAGGAUACUGUGAGAUACGACGCCACGGUAGCAGCUACAAAGAGCCCCCUUAAACCAUUUGCAUCUCGCAUGACGGUGCAUCUCGGUACCUCGGAUAAAUUAUUUGUCUGUGUUGACACAGAAAUCGUUAUUGUUUUGAGUGAGUGAUUAUUUUGCUUUGUCCGAUGAGUGCUUUGUUGCACGAUGACUUAUUAACCUCUUGUUGUACAGACACUGAUGAUGUUCAUGAAUUUGGAAAGAAAAACAAGAAAUACUCUGUGUUUCUCCA